UGGAUCCGUCAAGAGACUUGUGACUGUGUCAUAUGGGAAUGGUCCCCUAUUGCGCAACUGCUAGAUGAGUUCAGAUUCACGACAUCCGUACAUCUGUGACAAUCAUUGCGAUGGGUCUACCAGAUGAGCAAAUCCACCCUAUUGCAACUGGGCGCGCUGUGCAAACCGUCGAGCAGCAUCAGGAGUCGCAGGAUUUAGUUUUCUACUCGGGAUGGUUCUGCCCAUAUGUACAACGAGUGUGGAUCACCCUCGAGGAGCGUGGUAUCCCUUACCAGUACAAGGAGGUUAACCCGUACAAGAAGGAGCCACAUUUCCUUGCAAUCAACCCGAAGGGUCUCGUUCCGGCGAUAGAGUAUACGGGUCGCGCUCUAUACGAAUCACUCAUCAUCUGCGAGUUUCUUGAAGACGCUUUCCCCGACCACGAACCCCACAUUCUCCCGUCCGAUCCAUUCGAUCGAGCCCUGGUUCGCCUCUGGACCGAUCAUGUCAGCAAGCAAAUUGUCCCCGGGUUCAUGCGAUUGGUCCAGGCACAAGAUUCACAGAAGCAGCGCGAGUAUCUCGAGGAGUUCAACAAGGCGCUCCGCACUAUCAGUGCGCAGGUGAAGGGUCCAUACUUUCUCGGAGAGCAGUUUACGCUGGUCGAUGUCGCCCUCGCCCCGUGGGUUGUCAGAGACUACAUCGUCGCAGAGCACCGGGGAUACAGUCGUGAGGCUGUUGGCAAUGGCUGGAAGGAAUAUGCCGUACAACUGGAGACGCGCGAGAGUGUGCUGAGGACGCAAAGCGAUCGUGUUUACUACACCGAGAUCUAUGGUAGAUAUCUCCGCGACGAAGCCCAGAGCGAGGCGGCGAAGGCAAUUCGAGCUGGACGUUCGUUCUGAUCAACCAGCCAGCGUCGUCACAAGAAGAUCAUACGAACCUGCUCAUGUACAAUACCGUUUGUGGCAUCGCAAGCGCGAAGUUAUCAGUC